GCUAGCUAACGUUAGCUAGCUAACUAAUCGUUGUCAAUACGCGCAGUCUGUCUAAUAUAUACUAAUCAUACAAUUAUGAUAUGCACGAUUAGUGCUUUUUUCGCGGAGGACGUAGCUAAUGACGUGCUGAGUAAUAUUGAUCUAGUUAAAUGUCGUCCGCUAUCUUGAUGGCAUAAUUCCAAAUCAGACAUUGCUGGUUGCCAGCAACAUGACUGGCAUGCGGACUGUCCAACGACUGUGCAUGGGCUGCAGUCUAUAUUUCAAGAACAGGAAAUGACAGAGACUGUCCAUGACACUGAGGGACAUGGAUAUCUUGCUACCUUCAUUGGCAAGAAUGGCAGGUUGGUUAUUCUGCGUGUGACCGCCCAUGGCCUGCUUACCAUUGAUCUGCAGUGUUGUGAAGGAGAUAACAUUGUACAAGUAGAGAAUCUUUUGAAUACACUGGAAGAGAAGCUGAGAAGUCUCCUACAUGGAAACAUUAAGAGGGUCAAGAGGCUCCCAGCUCUGACACGAGGUGCAGCUGUUGAUCGAUACUGGCCCACAGCAGACGGCAGACUGGUGGAGUAUGACAUAGAUCGGGUUGUAUACGAUGAGGACUCUGCAUACCAGAACAUAAAGAUCAUGCACUCACAGCAGUUUGGCAAUAUCCUGAUCCUCAAUGGGGAUGUUAAUCUGGCAGAGAGUGACCUGCCCUACACCCAGGCCAUCAUGGGCAGAGGGCAAGAGAACUAUGCAGGGAAGGAGGUGCUGAUCUUAGGAGGCGGCGAUGGAGGAAUCCUCGCAGAGGCCGUCAAACUCAAGCCAAAGAUGAUCACCAUGGUGGAGAUCGACCAAAUGGUGAUUGAUGGGUGUAGAACACACAUGAGGAAGGCAUGUGGAAGUGUUCUGGACAACCUGAAGGGAGAAUGUUACCAGGUGUUGGUAGAGGACUGCGUUCCUGUUCUUAAAAAGUAUGUUGAGGAAGGGAAGACGUUUGAUUACGUCAUCAAUGACCUCACAGCGGUCCCCAUCUCCACAGCGCCAGAGGAGGACUCUACAUGGGAGUUCCUACAGCUUAUCUUGGAUCUCUCAAUAAAAGUACUGCGUCCUACUGGGAAGUACUUCACACAGGGUAAUAGUGCCAAUCUGACUGAGACACUGGCUCUUUAUGAGGAGCAGCUGGGAAGGCUCUCAUGUCCUGUAGACUUCUCCAAGGAGGUGGUGUGUGUGCCCUCUUAUAUGGAACUGUGGGUUUUCUACACCGUUUGGAAGAAGUAAAGAGCCCCCCCCCCCCGGUCUCCUCCAUACGUUGCCUGCCGGAAUGUGAAAACUGUCCACCCCCCUCCCAUUGUCCGCCGUCACACUGAGGGGAGAGAUGACCCCCCCUCCCCCAUUUCUACUCACACUGUUUUAUUAUCCUUCCAUGUCCAACUCUCUCUUAAACCCUUUUUACAUCUUAGUUGUAUAAUUUUAUGUCCAAACUUACAAGAGAUUGUAUUUCUGUUAGUUGGAUAUUUUGAAUUGGGCUGUUGUUUUUGCGUGUGCCCUCCAGGGAGAGCUGUGGGGCUGACCGUGUAGGGCUGCUGCCACUGGUCUAGGGUUUAGACCUCUGACUAUGUUCUGGUUCCAGAACUGUCUAGGUUUUAGACGUCUCUGACUAUAGCCUGGUUCCAGACCUGUCUAGGUUUUAGACGUCUCUGACUAUAGCCUGGUUCCAGACCUGUCUAGGGUUUAGACGUCUCUGACUAUAGCCUGGUUCCAGACCUGUCUAGGGUUUAGACAUCUCUGACUAUAGCCUGGUUCCAGACCUGUCUAGGGUUUAGACGUCUCUGACUAUAGCCUGGUUCCAGACCUGUCUAGGGUUUAGACUUCUGACUAUAGCCUGGUUCCAGACAUGUCUAGGGUUUAGACGUCUCUGACUGUUGUGUAGUUGUCAUGCCAUACAGGUUACAUGUUUUAUACAUGGCAGGGCAACAAUUCUCAGAGAAGUUGGCUAAAUAUCAUAUAGGUCUGGGACCAGGCUAUAGUCAGAGGUCUAAAGCCUAGACAGAUCUGGGACCAGUAUUUAAACACUCUUGGUACACCUACCCCUUCAGGGUGUUGUUACUUUUCAAAUUUGACUUAAAACAGCACCAACAUACAAUAGGCUUUUGGGUUCUGAUUGUGUGAUAGGAUAUGUGCUCGCCGUAGUUUCAAAUGAAUGUCUGUCUGUGCGUUUGAUUGUUUUUCUUCUUUUGUUGUAGCUAACUGGCUUGAGUGUGAUUUGAUUCCCAGUCCUUUCCAAGUGUGACCCUGGCCAUUUGAAGCUGAAGUGUCCAAAUGUGUUUUUAAAAGGGAAAAAGGUUUCUUGCUUGUACUGCUUUAAUGUGAAUUGUGUUUAUUAUUUAGCACCUUUUUAGUUUCUCCUGCUGGAUCUUAUUUUACAUAUUCAGUUUAGAAUUUUUCUCUAAGUUUGUUUGGUGCAUGUGCUGGAAAUGUAAAUAUUUUUAUUGAAUGUAGCUUCCCAUAUACACAGUGCAACGUCAUGACUUUGAUCAAUAUUGUGGUGCUUUGUUAAAUGUAUUUAUUUGAUAUUAUUUCACCAAAUGCUGUUUUAUACUAAAUACCUUUUUUGUUCAGCAGUGACUACCUGCUAUUAAAAAUGAGUUGGAGAAGAAAAUAUUUUUCUUAUGCUUCAUUCAGAGGAGUAUAUCAGAUAUCUUAGCUAGCAGUCACAACUGUUUCUACUGAAAGCACAGAAUCAUACCAAUGCAAACUCAAUACAGAUUUUCUUGCAUUUCCUUUUGCAAUUCAUUCUACCAUGAGCAAUGAUUUCAAUAAACCUUCCCCUUUGUCAA